GAAAGCACGCUGAUGGGCAUUUUCUUGUACUCCGUUCCGUCGUGACUUGGUGCGAAAUCAUUCUGCAAGUCAACCAACAAAAAAAUGGCGGAGAGAAUCGUCGAUUGGUCCGAUCUUCCAAAGGAACUCCUGCCAUGCAUCGGCAGAAGCCUCAAAUCUAGCGCCGAAGUUCUCCGGUUUCGCAGCGUCUGUGCUUCAUGGCGAUCCUCCAUCCCUUCCUUCCGCGAGAUCUCUCCUUCUCUGCCUCUCCCUUUUCCCAGCCCAAUCGGCCAGGGAGGCGAGGCCUUUGUCUCGUUAACUACCUUCUAUCGUCUUGAGCUGGCACACCAGAAUCCAAAUCCUUCUAAAAGCUGGUUGAUCAGGGUCGAAGAGUCUGAACCUGGUAAACUACGUUUUCUGAACCCCCUUUCAGGCCGCCCUAUCAGUGUUCUCCCCGUGUCUUUUCCCAAGGUGAUAAAUCUAUUGGAUUUUCGGGUCUUGGAGGUAAGCAAAGCAUAUAAAGUAGUAAAAUAUCCUAGUGGCAAAUCUUUUACUGCUGUGAACAAAGUGGUGCUUUUCCCCAACUCUGCGUGGACUCGUGCUGAGGACUGUGUGGUAUUCGUUAUAUAUCUAGAUGGAAAAUUGGGUUACGCUAAAUAUGGAGAUGAGAGAUGGACCCUUGUAGAUAAGCAAUAUUCUCAUUAUGAUGACAUUAUUGUAUAUAAGGGGCAGUUCUAUGUUAUUGACAAAUUGGGAACAGUUUCCUGGAUUGAUUCAUCGUUGAAGUUGAUACAGUUUUCGCCCCCGUUGUGUGGCUUGGGUUGCCAGAAGCAUUUGGUGGAGUCGUGCGGAGAACUCUAUGUUCUUGAUAGAUACUUUGAUGGAGAGCCGAGUCCAAGAAGAUACCGUGAUGAGAACAUCUUUGCUAAUCUCCUUAGCUCUAAUGUCUACCCUAGGACAAUUGAUUUCAAAGUCUAUAAGCUGGACCAAGAGUGGGGUACUUGGGUUUUAGUGAAGAACUUGGGCGAUACGAUGUUCAUCUUGGGUGACGACUGUUCCUUCUCUGUUUCAGCUCGAGAAUUCCCUGGUUGUAAAGGGAAUUGCAUUUACUUCACUGUUGAAAAUGACUUUUUUGUCUUCAACUUGGGGGAUGGUAGUUUUAGCAAGAUCCAAUAUUUCCCGGACUUUUCUCAUAUAUUUCGGCCACCGCUAUCUUGGCGCUUCCCAAAUCUGAGUUCCUCCAAAUGCUGAGUGUAAGCUGCCUUGUAACACUUAAAUCUGAUAUUUAAUGUUGUUAGAUUACUAAUUACUUCUGUAUGGGAUAGUCUCAGUAGAGAUCAACUUCUCUAUGAUGUUGUGCCCUUUAUGAAUUCAGUUUGAUUUGCAACA